GUCACCCUCGAGCUUAAAUAUUGUCUGCUUCAAUAUGGCUUGCAACCCGCAAUGCCUCCUUCGACGCUCCCUGCGUCCGCCUACGAAGCGCUUGAUCUUCCCUCCGACACAGUGGACGCCCUGAUGAAGACUAAGCUGGCCGCACCAAAGCCUGCCUCCAGCGCAUCUCUGGACGUCCUUCAGGCCAAACUAACACCUGCCAGCGACCUUCAUCUGAACGAACCGUCCAUCGCUCUCUACGCCGAGCUGCUACUCAACAUCCGGACCGUAACGCUCUUCGCCUCGCUCCGCACUGUGCACACGCGAGAAACCAAGGCCCGGCUCUCUGCGGAUGGCGCCUCCAUCACUGUGUCCCACGAGGGCGAGUCCGCCACCAUUCGGCUGCCCAUCAAAGCUAAAGCUGGAGGAGAUGCACCCUUGUUCCUCCCUGCGCAUCCUCCAGGCAAGGAAUUGACGCUUCGAUUGCAGAUUGAAGAGCAAGACGGCUGUGGUUUUCUCGCUGCAGCGCAAGCGGAAGAGAGAAAUGCCAACGUGGUGCCUUGGGAUGGUGCGUCGUUGGAUGCUAGGAAAGACGUCGAGGUGCUGUGUAAGAAUUGCCAAGCCCUCCUUGUACCUGACGGGAAAGUGAGAGAAUGGAGGGAUCUACCAAACGAGAAUUGGGCCGAGAUGAUGGACUUUUGGCAUUGUCAUAAGCCGGACGAGCAUCACUUACACGGCGACGCCCAUAAAACCGCAUUUGCAAAUAAAGGCUACGCAGCCGGCAAUCAGCUUAAGGCUGUUAAAGGUAUUGGAUUCGUAGACCUAGCGACCUUGCUUCUCGUCGAAGAAGACUGUCAAGGCGUUGAGCCUCCUCCAAACUCUACACCUCAACCAACUCCGCUCCACUGCAAUCAAUGCAGUCAUACAGUGGGCACUAUCGACCCCAGCACCCACGGUCUGCGGCUCUGGAAAUGGAGCAUCACCAUCCCGUCCCCCUCUUCCCUAACUCCCAAUCCAAACAUCUUCAGCAUCGAAAAGUGGAUUUCCGCCCGCAUCCUCUUCCUAAUCGAAAACCUCGGCAUCCGCAAAUUCUACAUCCAUCCUGACACCACCUCCCCCUCUCCCCCGCCCAUUCCCUCCCUUCUUCUCUGGGUCUUCACACCAGACCUCCUCUUCUCCUCCUCCUCCUCCUCCUCCUCCUCCUCCUCCUCCAUGCCCUCAGAAAACCGCCAUGAUUCAACAAGAGCGAUGAAGAUAUUCUACCAAACACGUACGUUCAGUGCGCCAAAGCCCGGGGAACCCGAAAGCGCUUCGGUUGAAGAGGUAGCGUUUCCCAAAGCCGUGUACUACGAGCUGGAGCAAACGUUGCAGGCGAGUCAGAUGCUGCUUCCUGCCAAUGCGAGACGGUUUCGGGGCUGGGAUGUUGGGCUUUUGGAGCGGUUUGAUCGUGGAGAGAUUAAGUAAUUAGGAGAAUCCAGGGCUGGGCUAGAAAGUUG